AUGCACGGCGGCGGGUCGAAGAUGCUGGGGGUGGUGAACUUCAUCACCUUCCUGGCGUCGAUCCCGGUGCUGGGGGGCGGCAUCUGGCUGGCGUCGCGGGCCAACUCCACGGACUGCAUCCGCUUCCUGCAGUGGCCCAUCAUCAUCAUCGGCCUCGCCGUCAUGGUCGUCUCCCUCAUGGGCUUCGCCGGCGCCUGCUACCGCCAGACCUGGCUGCUCCGCAUCUACCUCUUCGCCAUGUUCUUCAUCGUCGUCGCGCUGCUCUUCUUCAUCGUCUUCGCCUUCGCCGUCACCGACCGCGGGGAGGGCCAGGUGGUCAUGAACCGCCGCUUCCUCGAGUACCAGCUCUCCGACUACAACGGAUGGCUCCGCAACCGCGUCGCCGACCCGGAGUACUGGGCCACCAUCAGCGCGUGCCUCCGCGACGGCCGCGCCUGCGCCUCCAUGCGCCGCCCCGCCCGCGACCCCAACACCGGCAUGCUGGUCACCGAGCCCCCCGUCAUGUUCUACGGCCGCAACCUCUCCCCGAUUCAGUCAGGAUGCUGCAAGCCACCGACUUCAUGCGCGUUCACCUACAACAACGAGACAUACUGGAGCGCGAACCCCGGCGUCCCCACCGUGGUGACCGACCCCGACUGCCUCAAAUGGAGCAACGACCAGCAGACGCUGUGCUUCCAGUGCGACUCGUGCAAGGCCGGCGUCCUGGCCGGCAUCAAGAAGAGCUGGCGCAAGGUGGCCAUCAUCAACAUCGUCGUGCUCAUCAUCCUCAUUAUCGUCUACGUCGCCGGCUGCGCCGCGUUCCGCAACGCCAAGAGGGACGACAACGACGAGUCGUAUGGCAUGGCCAGGAUGACCAAGUCCCGGCCGAGCAGGUUCCAGUUCUAG